GAUCCACGGUUGAAUCUUGUCUGCAUAUUGUUCUUUUGCUUUUACUUUUUUUCUUUCUGUGACUAUGGAAUUUUCCCUUUGGUUUCUCUUCAAGGAGUCCUCGUGUUUAAGGGGUGAGGAAAUGAUUGUCUACUGCAGUCUGCCUUAAUAAAAGUGGCAAGCUCUUGGCUUCCCCGUGGUGUGGCUCUAUCCACCACGGGGGUAGAGCUUAACUACACCAUGUAGAUGUGCCUGCCGGUCAGGGACUGCGGUAACUGUCGCCCCUUACGUGUGCUGUGUGCGCUAACGAACUUCCCCAGAGAAUGGUGACAACCAAGGCAAGGUAAACCCUGUUCCAUGCUAAGUGGGAGCGCAGACUUCCUUUAAAGUCAAACUUUGCGAACAAGAAUAAUCUUGAAAAAGACCCUUUAGGCGCAGAUCAAUGCUCAAGAACGUUGCCAAUCGCUUGCAACCUCCUUAGACAUUUCACGGAUGUGUUAUUUAUGCUCAAGGAGGGGUCUCCUUUCAUCCCCGCAACCCAAAUCUUUGCUCUGCGCUUCGGACAGUGGGGGCUUGUCGGAUGAGCCACUGGGAAAAUAUGCGUCCCCUCACUUCUCCUUAAUCAACUAAGGUCACCUUGACAGUGCGCUUCCCUGUCCCUCUGGGGCUACCUCUGUGGUGCCCUGACCUGCCCCUCUACGAGAAAUUCUCUACCUGUUCUGGAGGUUUCCUGGGAAUUCCGGGUUCCCAGCUCCCUGGACCUGCCUGCAAGCAGAAUUAUCCGCCGGUCCCCACCCCCCACCCCCCACCUCCAAACUCUGGGACAGCAGUGGGUACUGCACUAGCCAUUAAUGGCCAUCAUCUAUUUUUAAUCGGAAGAUCACAAGAAAGAUGGUAAGCGAAUCCCAGUCGCAAGUCAAUUUAAAUAACAUUCCUGGGGAAAUCCAAUCACUUAAAACCGAGACACCUACGCGAGCGAGAGCCCCCGCCCGCCUGGUGGGCCUAAGCGCGAAGGUUGAAUUAAUCAAGAUCAAGGGGCUCCCGGGCUGAGAGCAGAGCGUUAACUCUCCCAGUCCCAGAGAGCGACAAGGCGGGGGAGGAAAAACGCGGCCGGCCGGGGCCAAGAUGCCCACGGCAGCCCCGCGCGGGCUGCCUCUGCCAUUAGGGAGACUCCGGACGCCUUGCACCCGGCCGGGGCAGUUGGGUGCGAAAGGUUAAGGUCAGAAGCUCGGGAAGCUGCUUGGGCCGCGAGUAGCAGCCGCCUCCCGCAGCCUCCGCGCGCCGCGGGCUCCUCCUCCCGCCCAAGCGUGGCCAAGUGAGGACUGCUCCGGCCGCAGGUAGCUGAGGCGCGGGAGGCGGCGCGCGCGGGACCCGAGUGGAGCGCCGGGGAGGGGCCGACGGACGCGCGGGCGGACGGACUCCCCAGCCUCCGGUCCCGGACGUUAGGCGAGGUCUGCGCGGGCCAUGUGGGGACCCGGGGUCACUGCUGAGGGCCUGUCGGUGGCUCCGGCGCCGCCGCCUCUGCUGCCGCUGCUGCUACUGCUGGCGCUGGCGCUGGUGGCGCCCUCGCGGGGCGGCGGGGGCUGCGCGGAGCUGGCGUGCGGCGAGCGGGAGCGCUGCUGCGACGCGACCAACGCCACGGCGGUGCGCUGCUGCAAGCUACCGCUGCACGCCUUCCUGGACAACGUGGGCUGGUUCGUCCGCAAGCUCUCCGGGCUGCUCAUCCUGCUGGUGCUCUUCGCCAUCGGCUAUUUCCUGCAGCGCAUCAUCUGCCCCAGUCCACGCAGGUACCCGCGCGGCCAGGCGCGCCCGGGACAGCGGCCCGGGCCUCCGGGGGACGCCGGACCGCUGGGGGGCGCGGGGCCGCCCGACGACGACGACGACUCGCCCGCUCUGCUGCGCGACGAGGCGGCAGCCGGCUCGCAGGACUCACUGCUGGACAGUGGCGGCGGCGGCCGGGGCCGGGGAGGCGGCGGGCGCUCGGACCCCUCCUGCGCCUCAGAGCACGAGCUGCGUGUAGUGUCGCCGGUCUUCCUGCAGCUGCCCAGCUACGAGGAGGUCAAGUAUCUGCCCACCUACGAGGAGUCCAUGCGGCUGCAGCAGCUCAGCCCCGGGGAGGUCGUGCUGCCAGUGUCGGUGCUCGGCCGCCCGCGAGGCGGGGUCGCCGCGGAGCCCGACGGCGGCGAGGGCCGCUUCCCCCUUAUCUGAGCGCUCGGGGAUCGGCGGCUGGUGCAGGGCUGGGGGCUGUGGGUGGCAAGCAACGGCCGGGGUGCCGCCGCCAACUGCCUCAGACCUUAUCUGGCACCCUGGCCUAACUGCCCGGCACCCCGCGACUGGGUUGGGGUCACUCGUCUCCCUCGCGUUCUCCUGGGAUCUUAUGUUUCUCUGCGUUACAUUCCGUUCAAAGAAACGUGGGGCACGCGCGGCGGGUGCGGCUGCAGCAGGCGACCCUCCACCGCACCUUCGAAGGACGUCCCUGCCCUCUGCCUUGCCUCGUAUUGUGAUUCACUAGUAAGUGCCUGCUUCCCGAGUCAAAGAGAACACGUGAGCCCUUUGGUGCGUCGAGAGAAGGGCGGUCUUCUUUAGGGCUGAAGAGAAAGGAGCGCAGUUCCACUCCUUUCCCUACCUGCCGCCUGGACAGGUCUCCCAGGGUGGGCAGAGGGCGAGGAGCCGUUGAGGACCAGCCGCGACCGGGGACUGCUGCAUGUGGGUGUGGGAGAGCGCCACUCGGUUAUGAUGAAAUCGCUCCCAUGGGGCAGGCCCCCCAAAAUCCCUCGGUGUCUUCCUGAUCGAGCAAAUAGUCACAGCUGGUGUUUCACAAUUAGGUGGAGUGCGGGGAGUGGGCUAGGGGGGACACCGGUGAUACAAGGUUAGCUGCUGUACCUACUCAGGGCACAGCAACCAUGUAUAUCCAUUCGGCUGGACUUUUGAUUGUUCAAUAACUGAGAAGGUAUUUAUAUUUAUUUGUCUUUUAUUCUAAUAUUUUUACCAUGCAUUGAACGCAACAGGAGGGUAUUUCAGCAAAUUCACGACAAGGUAAUCGUCUUAUCACUUUUUGUACGCCAUUAAUAGUCAGGAAAUUGCCCAUACUCUGUCAUUUUUGUUUAAUAGUUUAUUAAAUUAUUUCAUUAAAGAAGAAAAACAAGUAUGGUCAAACGAGGAAGCAUAUGUGACGUAAAAAACAUGAAGGAUAUCUUAUUUUCACUAUUUGAGAAGAAUAUAUUUUAUUUUUAGUACUGUGGCAUAAUAUAUAACUUUUUAUAAUAAUAACUGUAUGCAUUAUGUAGUAUAGCUCUUAAUUGUAUCAUUCAUCACAUAGUUAUAUGUAAAAAUAAUUGACAUGUAUAUGCCAUACCAUGAAGCAUAUGAUGUGCACUUUCUCCUCCAUUUUUCAUUUGGAAUACAUUCCACAACAUGAUCCAAAACAUAAGAACUUAUGACUUGUAACUUUUGUUUAAAGCCAUUAAUUGUGCAGUAAUGUGCUACAGAAGGAGUCAAUCAGCUUCUCUUAAGAAACAAGUGUAAUUGUAUCAGUUUCCUGUUCUGUGACACGCCCUUUAAAAGUAAAAGAUAAUAUAACAUAUUUUAAUACAUUGUGUGUAAUGUACAUAUGCAUAUUGUCUAUGUACUAUAUACACAUUGUUUAUAAUAUUGUUAUUACAGUUUGUCAUUCGCCUGAAAGGAGAAGGAAAAAUAUGAAAGGUUUCUCUGCUUGGGAAAAGGUGAAUGUUGUUAUUAUCAAGAACGAUUACACACAUGGAUCUCAUACAUGUUUUUAGAACAUUGUUCUUCUCAUUGAAGAAGUCUGACACUCCUGAAAAAUCUUAAAAUAUCCGACUUGUAUUGAAGAAAAUUAUUUGAUUAAACUUUUAAAGGCUGGUUGAAAAAGUCUGACAGUUCUGAGAAUUUUUUAAAUGUCUGAAUUGUAAUAAAAGAAAAUGGUUUACUUUAAACUUCUAAAAACUAAUGACCUUGUGACUAAAGAAAAAUCAUUUGAAGUGUAUUAAAAAAUAGCAAAACAUUAAAAUCUUUUCUCUGUGCAAAUUUUAUCAGAUGUGUUGCUAUAUGCUAGUGUAUCAAAAUAUGAAAUAUGUCUAUUUGUCAUUUAAAGCAAUUUGAGCUGUGAAUUGACAAAAGUAUCAGGAGUUGAGACUAUAUCAGUUGAGAAUGGUACAAAAUUUAAUUACAUUAUAUAGAUAAUCACAUAUUAAUGUUACUCAAAUACUGUAUAUUUUUGUUGUAUGUGGCUAUCAAUACUACUCACCAUUCAAACAAACUGGAAAGUUGCCAUAUUUUAAAAAAUAAUUAUUCUUUGAGGUUACAUUGUUUUACACAUUUCACAAAUGUUACCUGUAUCUGAAACAUCAACCUAAAUAUCCAAAUACCUGUGCCAGUAUAUGAAGCAUAGUCUAUAUGUUGUUACCAUAACAUCUUAAAGAAAUUCAACAAAAUCCUAUGAAAAAUACUUACAAUAUGGAUCAAGUAUAUUUCUCUUUUAUCAACUAUGGAACAUUUCUUUCCAUAAAAUCUAGAAUGUCUACAAAGUGGUAAUUACACUUGAUACCAAUCACACAAUGAAGUUCUACUGAAUUUUAAAAUGACAAGUUUUCACCUGUUUUUUAUCUGCCCAGCCCACAGGCUUUUAUUCACAUCCCUCAGUUCAAUAGAAAUGAGUUUGACUCUACUGUGGGGUUUUUUUUCUUGCAAUCCAUUGAUUUACCAAGGGCAAUUUUGUUCAGGCAUAAUUUUGUGGAAAAAUUCUUUAAAACAGUAUUUUAUUAAAUGAGCAUGUCUCAUGGUAAUAUAUAUACAUAUAACAGACCAUAUUAACACACACAGAACCUGUGUGUUCAUACCACUGGAUUGCCUGGAUAGAAACAUUUUUAAAGCAGUAAAGGCAGUAUCUGGGUGUUUUAUAGAUUUCACUUGGAAAUUAUUAUAUAGACAGAACCUAUUAUAUAUAAUUGCAUGUGUUUAUUAAUAUAGAAAAUAGUUAUCCUGUUACCUGAAAAAACACAAAGAAAUGAUUUUACUUGUUUUUAAUAUUUUGUAGUAAAAGUGGAAGAUAGAACAUUGUGUUCUUUAUAUGUAGAAUAAUACACUAUUAACUUAUGGCAUGACAUAUUAAUGGAAUUAAUAUGGAACAUUAAUUUUAUGGUAUAUAUAUCUUCUUUUUUUUUUUUUUGAGAAAAGAGCUCACUUUGUUGUCCAGGCUGAAGUGCAGUGGCAUGAUCACCGCUCACUGCAGCCUUGACCUUCUGGGCUCAAGGGAUCCUCCUGCCUCAGCCUCUUGCGUGGCUGGGACUACAGGUGCACACCACCACACCCAGCUAAUUUUUGUAUUUUUUUGUAGAGAUGGGGUUUCGCCAUGUUGCCCAGGCUGGUCUCCUUUUCCUGGGCUCAAGUGAUCUGCCUGCCUUGGCCUCCCAAAGCUCUGGGAUUAUAGGCGUGAGCCAUCAUGGCCAGCCUGUGGCAUAUGUAUCUUAACCCACCUGGGCAUGCAGUGUUUUCCAGUACCAAGUGAGCUUUUGCUCCAGGUUUUCAGUUAUCAAAGUAAUUUGAAUACUAAAACAUUUUAAGCACAUUUUAUUUCACUGACUUCUCGUGAGUAGGGAAAUAAUGGUCCUGCAUAUUGUAAUCCAUCUGGAAUGCAAAAAACAUGAUUGAUUUUCUAAAUUUAGGUGCUAGAUAUAUAAAUAUGUAUAUUGUAUAUGUACAGUUGGCUCUCCUGUAUCUGUGGGUUCUGCAUCUGCAGAUGCAACCAACUGCAGGUAGAAAAUGUAUUUUUUUAAUUUUUUGAAAAUAUUUUUAAGAAAGAAAAUAUUUAAAACUGCAAAUUAAUACGUUAUAGCAACUAUUUACAUAACAUUUAUAUUGUAUUAAGUGUUAUAAGUCAUCUAGAGGAGAUGUAAAGUAUAUGGGAGGAUAUGCAUAGGUUAUAUGCAAAUACUACCCACUUUAUAUCAGGGAGUUGAUUUUGACCUUUGCAGGGGGUCCUAAAACCAAUCUCUAUGGAUACCUGGGGAUGGCUGUAGAGUGUGUGUGUGUGUGUGUGUGUGUGUGUGUGUGUGUAAUCACCAGUUGCUUACAAGCAAUUUGUUAUGGGUGUUCAAUAUCAUAACCAAGGGGAAAAUGUCUUCUUGAGAUAGAAUGAUAGUUUUAAGAGGCCAUUAAUUGCUACAUUCUGCAAAUGUGAGUGUGCUUCAACCAUGGAAAAUGGCAUUGGCGAUUAUGUCAAAGGGCAUGAAAUGUACUCUAUAAGGAAAACAAGAUUCAAUUGUAAAGGCCAGAGGGAAUAUUAAGGAAAUGGACUCAGUUAACAAUUUGAAAGGCAAUAUGCUAAGUACCUUAAUCUUGUACUUUUUGUAUACAGUUUCUCUCAAGUGGAAUUAAUAAAGGAAACAAUUCAAAGCUGAAACUCAUAUAAACAUGAAUACGAUGUCUAGAUUUAUACAAUAUUCUGAUCUGACUUUUACUUAAAAUCUUAUGAAUUGUAAUUAAUUUGGGUUUCCAGCUUGAGAGAAAUAAUGAUGUAUGUUGAGUUUUAUUUUGAGCAACAAGCAUUAACCAUCUCUUCAAAAGUGUAAGUUUCCUAAACUGAUCAAUAAUAGAAUAUUUGCCAAGUUCA